CCUCCCUCCUUCCUUCCCUCCCUUCCUCCCUCUCUCCCUCCCUCCCAGCUCCUGCACCAGGAAACGGCCCGGAUCCCGGCCGCGGCCUGACCCGGCGCCACGCUGGCUGGGAGGAUGAAAGGCCCCAGCUGGGGGCUCCUUGCCACCGGUGCUGGGUCCUAAGCGCUGCCAUCCAGGCUGGCCGCCCGGAUGGCGACCCCAGCCUCAGCCCCAGACACACGGGCUCUGGUGGCCGACUUUGUAGGCUACAAGCUGAGGCAGAAGGGUUAUGUCUGUGGGGCUGGCCCCGGAGAGGGCCCGGCAGCUAACCCGCUGCACCAAGCCAUGCGGGCAGCCGGAGAUGAGUUCGAGACCCGCUUCCGGCAAAACUUCUCUGAUCUGGCUGCUCAGUUGCAUGUGACCCCGGGCUCAGCCCAGCAGAGCUUCACCCAGGUCUGUGACGAACUUUUCCAAAGGGGUCCCAACUGGGGCCGCGUGGUGGCCUUCUUUGCCUUUGGGGCUGCACUGUGUGCUGAGAGCGUCAACAAGGAGAUGGAGCCCCUGGUGGUACAAGUGCAGGAGUGGAUGGUGACCUACCUGGAGACGCAGCUGGCCGACUGGAUCCACAGCACCGGGGGCUGGGCGGAGUUCACAGCUCUGUACGGGGAUCGGGCCCUGGAGGAGGCGCGGCGUCUGCGGGAGGGGACCUGGGCAUCAGUGAGGACAGUGCUGACGGGGGCCGUGGCACUGGGGGCCCUGGUAACUGUAGGGGCCUUUUUUGCUAGCAAAUGAGAAUGUCUGGGGCCAGGUGGGGCCAGGUGUGGCUGGGGGCCAAGAGAGCAGGAACAGGACCGAGAAACACCCUUGGAGGAAGUGGGGUGAAUGGAUCGACGUAGGAUGGGCAGGGGCAGGAUGGUGCGUGAGGGAGCUGAGGAGGCUGGGCAGGUGGAAGAGUGAGCUGGAGACUGGGGGAAGGUUUGGGGAUGGUCAUGGGCCAGGAGAUGGAGUGAUUCCAGGGUAGGGGAGCUGGGAGGGAUUAUACUAGAGGUGUGCACACUGGCAGGUACCUGGAGCUUGGCUUGCAGCCCUGAGCAAAGUAGACUCAUCUAAGGAGUUGUGUCUCCAUCCGAUGAGUGGCAUUUGGGGAACAUAGCAGGCACAUCCCUUUGGAAUGGAAGCUUCGGGUUCUCAGGUGUCCGGUAGAGGUGGCUGGGAUCCCGGGCUGCUUGGACAUGUGUGUGCAUGUGCACGUGUGCGCAUGUGCACGCUGGGCUUGCUUGUGUCCUCUGAUGGUGGUGGGAUUCUUCAAGAAGAAAACAUUCCCUCUUGCAAGAAAGGGGCAGGCGGAGGGGAAGCAAUUCUCAGUCCCUCCUCCGGGUCCUCCUUUCCCCCCUCCUCUUGUUCUGAUGUCUCAAGGCUAAGGGAGAAGAAACACUGUAUCCAGAGGGAGGGCUCUGACUGGUCUCUGCAGAAAGUCCUUGGCCGGGCUGGGGAGGAAAGAGCAGUUCUGCAGCCCGCCUUGUUCUUUCAUCAUCCCCCUCGGUUGUGCAUCGCACUGGACUCUGAGCAAAGGGCAAGGCUGUGGAGCCUGGCGGAGGGGAGGGCUUCAGUAGCUGGACCUGCCCGCUACUGUCCCCUCUCUCUGGGACACAGUAGUGCCUGUAGUGGUCCCUGUCUCCGGGACCCCAAACCCAAAUUUCAACUCCAAAUUGGGGCUCUGAUUUUUCUUUCUGAGGAUUUGGACAGAAACGCUGAUCUGGAAUACAGUCUGAGUCCCAUGCUGUGUCUCCCCAGGACUGCUGACGCCUCAAGGGGGCCAUUCCAGCUCUGAACCCCGUGGGUUUGAGGGUGACAGGGACUCGGUGACUGGCCUUGUCUGUGUGGUGGGCUCUGUGGCUGCUGCUUGAGCAGGGCCAGGUGUGUGGGUUCUAGGGCAGCCACCAGGACCGAGAAGCGUUUGUUUUCCUGGAAGCCAGGCUGUUUGCAUGGGUGUUACUUGUCUGCAGCUCAGAUCUGAGGAUGCUCACUUCAGACGUCCCAGUCCUCGGGAACAGAUUCAGAUGAUAGGGGUUUUUGUUUGUUUGUUUUUUUGUUUUUGUUUUUUAUUUUUUGGCUUUUUGGGAAAGAAACUAUUCACUCCAGCUGCAUGCCCUGAGCCAGACCUCACUGCUGGGCUUUCGGUGGUGCUAGAAUUGCUGCUCUCCAUGCUGGCUUCAGACACAGUGUUAUCAGAGCCCUGCCCGUGACCCUGAGCUCUGAUGGGCUUAGCUAGACCACGGUUGACUCAUCUUGGAGAGUCUCACUUGGUCCCAGAAUGUGGCAAAAGAGUUGUACCUGCUAGAAUGUGGGACCAAAUUGGCCUCAGGUGUUUACUCCAGACUUUUGAUUUUGAGGGCUGCACUUUUUAAUGGUAUUUCUAGGGGAGGUGGUCGACUGCACGUGCCACUUGAUCUGUUGUGAGUCUGCUGGUCCCAGAAGCUCAGAGCUGGUCUGUGGCGAGCGGGUGGGGUGGGGUGGGGGUGGGGUCUCUGACUUGCUCAGGACAGACUAGGCCGGUGGUUUUCACACUGCUUGGCAGAGUCUUGAAGUGUCCUAGAGGUUGCCUCAGGAGUCCGGGAGGAGAGCAAGGAGGUGGGGGGGCUGAGCAGGCUGUGCAAUUUGCCCUCAAACAGAACAGCUCCCCUUGUAGCUGUCUUACAUAUCGGGGUUCAGGGUAAGAUUUUACUUGCAUUAAGGGGUUUGCUGCUGAAAGAAAAGAAAAAAGUUGGAAACCACUGGCUAGACCAUGGGUUCCAGAUCAGAGUCUGUGCUCCCCCAGGUUUGGGGAAGACCCUCCUGCCCCACUGCAGGACGCCUAGCCCCUUCGCAUCACUGGGGGCCUUGUAGCAAGCAGCAGCAGCAGGGACCACAGUCAAGUUACCCAAAAUGCCCUGCUCUGAGGCCCUCACGUGCAGGUGGACGGAGCGGCUGCUUCCUCAGAGGGCCAAGGGCUCGGUCUGGAUUCCCAGAAGCAGGGGCCGAGUGGGGCCACAGCAGGCAGUUUUGACCCGUCCUGCCCAUCCUAGCGUGAGGGCAAUGGGAACCCCAGAGACUUCUGUCAGGGAAAACCAGGGACUCGUCUAGAGCCAUAUCGUUGCUUGGGAUUCGCUCUUGGCCAAGAAGGCUGAGUAUGGCUCCCCAUUUUUAAAUCCAUUUCUUUUUUUUUUUUUUUAAUAAGGGAAAUCAAUGUAAUUGCCAUUUUUUCAAAGAUGAAAAAGGUAAAGAGGGUUUUUCUUGCUCUCCAGAGCCCGGAGGGACAAAUAGGGAUUUUGCGUAGACCAGGGAAGGAACGCGAGCAGGGCGCUGGGUGCUGCGAUGACUGAUCCCACUCUCCACUUACUCUAGGGCACACACACACUAUUUUACUUUUUUAAAUCAUCAGACGGCAGGAGAACAGAUUUGGUUAGUUUAGAAGAAGAGAAAAAGCUCUAUAAAUAUAAAGAUAUAUUCCUGUAUUUUUAUUUAAUAAUUUAUAAAUACCAAGUUCAUUUGACUUUUAUUUUUGUGUAAUAUGUAAUGGUCGUAUUAAAAAAUAAAUAAAUAAAGCCCAGAAGUUUAAUGAGAAAAGGACUGAACAGGGUUUGUGACUUCUAACGACACAGCCUGGGGCCUGAACAUUCCUGAAUCCAGUCAUCUCCUCCUGACCCUGGAAGGGCAGGAACUAGAGUAACUGAGAAUUGGGAAAGUGUUGAGAAAAUUAAAAAAAAAAAAAAAAAAAAAGGCAACAAAUCAGAGUUGAGCCCCCAUCCUCCUCACCCCACCCCUACCCUGGCCAAAUGCCCAGACAAGAGCUCUGUCUGUCCCAACCCAAGCAUGCUUCGGGGGUGGGGUCCGUAUAGAUGGUGCUUCGGGCCUGCCACAAGCACAAAGCAAAACAAAGAAAGUCUACCCAGAAUCUUUGUGUGAUAAUAAUCAAGUCCCCAGUUGUGGUUCAACCUCAGAAAUGUGUGUGGGGAUGACCAGUUUUCCCUGAUCUCAUGAUGCCUACUCCAGACUUCUGCUGCCUUUCCUGGUCGCCUAAGAAAUGGCUCCAGUCAUUUGGAUGCAAACUGCUAAAUCUCCAAGAUGGAAUCUCCAAGAACAUUCCAUCCAUCCCUGUAUACUCUGAGGACCAGAUACAAAUCAUGUCUGACAGGAAUAGUGAUCCUAAUUUUAAAUUUCAAAUGGGAAUGGCUAGUCUUUCUACAAUGUAGUACAAUAAAUCAGUAUAUUUGGGUUUAUGUGUUACAUUGUUAGAAAUAUAAUUGCCUUUCUAUUCUUCCCUGUAGAAAAAUCUGCAGAGAAGAUGUAUUUCUUUUUAAAAGAUUUAUUUAUCUAUUUGAGAGGCAGAGUUACAGAGGGAGAGACAGAGAAAGAGAGAGAGAAAGAGGUCUUCCAUCAUCCACUGUUUCACUCCCCAAAUGGCCACAAUGGCCGGAGCUGCACCAAUCCGAAGCCAGGAGCCAGGAGAUUCUUCCAGGUUUCCCAUGCGGGUGCAGGGGCCCAAGGACUGGGCCAUCCUCCACUGCACUCCCGGGCCACGCGGAGAGCUGGAUCGGAAGUGGAACAGCUGAGACUCGAACUGUGCUCACAUGGGAUGCCAGUGCCGCAGGCGGACGCUCAACCUAUGGCACCACAGUGCCAGCCCCGGGAAGCCACGUUUCAGAGAGUGGUUUGCUGAACUUCUAGGGAAGGGGAAUUAGAGGGCAGGAGUUAAGAUCUUCAGGAAUGAUGGGCAUUUAUCUCCACCACAGUAAGGUUAAUUUAAUGAUUGAUUGCUUUUUGCUUAUUUCCAGCAAACAUUUGUAUUACCUUACAGUGCUACACAAAAAAACAAAAACAACAGACAGUCGAGGGGAAAUUGGAGUGUUAAUAGUUGAUGACAGGAAAAGGAAAAUUAGUGCACUGUAAAGCUUUCUAUGUGUAGGAUUCCCAGAUACUAAAGCAAGGCUAUAGUUUCAGCUCUGGGCUUGGCAGCAAAAGCAGAGGUGAGAACACUGUGAGAUUCACGCUGCUCUUGGGCUUUAUAAGAGCCUGUCUGUUACUCAUGAGGGGCGCAGAGUGUGGCAGCUUUGCUAAGACACUGAGUGGUGUGAUGGGCGACCCCUCCGUAGCACCAGAUAACAAGGUGAGGCUGAGAUCUGCACCGCCCUGGGAUUGAGGGUCCUCGCCUGUUCCUUGGGGUGCUUCACGUGUAACUCAAAUAUGCUGCCCUGAGCUCCUCUCUCUGCGUGAACGUGGGACUGGACUUUACUGUCUAAUGGGACAGGGGGUUUUGUUUCCCGCAGACCAUUCUGCACCAAGGCUGUUUCUCCAAAUGGCACUUUUGAGAAAGUUGGGCAACAGGUAGUUAGAACUGCUAGCAAAUGGAUGGAUUGUAGGUAUCCUGUGUUUUUACUUAAUAACAGCUCCUUUGAAAACUUGAAGGCUGCCUUAGAUAUGGACACAGGAAAGGUUUUAUUUUAAUUUUUUAAAGAUGUAUUUAUUUUAGUUGAAAGAGUUACACAGAGAGAGAAGGAGAGGCAGAAAGAGAGCAGUCUUCUAUCCACUGGUUCACUCCCCAGUUGGCCACAACAGCCGCAGCUGCGCCAAUCCAAAGCCAGGAGCAAAGAACUGCUUCCAGGUUUCCCAUGUAGGUGCAGGGGCCCAAGGCCUUGAGCCAUCUUCCACUGCUUUCCCAGGCCAUAGCGGAGAGUUGGAUUGGAAGUGGAGCAGCUGGGACACAAACCAGCGCCCAUAUGGGAUGCUGGCACUGCAGGUGGUGGCUUUACCUCUGUGCCACAGUGCCAGCCCCUAUUUUAAUUUUUUAAAGAUUUAUUUAUUGGGGCCAGCGCUGUGGUGCAGUGGGUUAACACCCUGGCCUGAAGCGCCGGCAUCCCAUAUCCCUCUCUGCCGGGAAAAGCAAUGGAAGAUGGCCCAAGGCCUUGGGCCCCUGCACCCGCGUGGGAGACCUGGAGGAGGCUUCUGGCUCCUGGCUUCAGAUCAGCGCAACUCUGGCCGUUGUGGUCAAUUGGGGAGUGAACCAGUGGAUGGAAGGCCCCCCUCUCUCUGCCUCUCCUCUCUAUGUGUAAC